AAAAGCGAGCCCGCGUCUGCGUUUGUGAUCGCGCUGUGUUUACGAGCCGAGCGAUCGCUUUUUGUUAAUUUGAGUCGACUAGUCUCCGCUCCGCCGGGGCUACUAGUUUGCGCAGCGCUUUCAACCGGCGACGGUCUUAAAGAAAGAAAACGCGUAUGACAAACUAAUUAACGUAAUAGAGAAACGCGGCGGCCUGUUCGGCUGCGACGCGUUUUGGAAGCGUGUUUCGCCCUGACGUGGGGGGGGGGGGGAAGCUAAAGGUUUUGUCGUACAAACCGUUUAUUUAACCUCGUUUUAACGUCGCGCUGGACCAGGUGCAGCAUCUGUCUGCGUGCCGCGAUUGUCACGUUAGCGCGCGACGUUCGCGAGACACGUAGUUUUUUUUCCACGUUUUUUUUUUUUUUUUUUUUUUACUUUCGUUCGGUUUCUCGACGCAAAGAUUUGCGCCCGUGCCUCCGUGUUUUACUGGCGAUGCGUUUGUUUACAUUCGCGGUCGACCGGGGUCACGCGAAACGCGACGCCGUGGUUGACGCGACAAAGAGAUGCCGGAAUUGCAGCAACGACAAUACGCGUGCGUUUAUUAGAGCGCGAGCGCCGCCGCAGAGUUAUGGCAUUUGUGUGAUGCUUGAGGUGUGUAGCGUAGCCUAUUUUCCAAGCGGAUGGAUCUUACAUUGAGCAGAAGUGCCCCGAGUGAUGAGGCCACGGCACGGCGGAACGUUUUGCGAAGUGACAAAGCAACGUGAUUUGAAAUGGACGCAGUGCUGCUACGUCAGAGGUGAGGAAGAAGAGGAAGAACAGAGGCGAGAGAGGGGGGAGGCAGGUCGUUUGUAUAGUCUGUGCCCCACUGGGAAGAAGUUCCGGAGCAAGCCUCAAUUGGCCCGUUACCUUGGCAACUCCAUGGAUCUAAGCUCCUUUGAUUUCCGCACAGGCAAGAUGCUCAUGAGCAAACUGAACAAGACCAGACAGAGACCCCGAUAUGACAACAAUAGCCAGACUAAGGGCAAACCUGACCUGAACACGUCCCUCCCAGUUCGACAGACGGCCUCCAUCUUCAAACAACCUGUCACAAAAGUCACCAACCACCCCAGCAAUAAGGUUAAAACAGACCCACAGAAGGCCAUUGACCAGCCCAGACAGCUUUUUUGGGAGAAGAAGUUGAGUGGCCUCAAUGCCUUUGACAUAGCAGAGGAGUUGGUGAAAACAAUGGAGCUCCCCAAAGGCUUGCAAGGAGUGGGCCCUGGCUGCACGGAUAAGACCCUGUUGUCAGCCAUUGCCAGCGCUCUUCACACCAGCGCGGCUCCCAUCACGGGUCAGCUGUCGGCCGCUGUGGAGAAGAACCCCGGCGUGUGGCUCAACACGGCUCAGCCGCUCUGCAAGGCCUUCAUCGUCACAGACGAGGAUAUCAGAAAGCAAGAGGAGCUUGUGUACAGCGUGAGAAAGCGACUGGAGGAGGCUUUGAUGGCCGACAUGUUGGCUCACGUGGAGGAAACGACCAGCGAGAGCGACGCACUCAAACAGGAGGGGAACUGCAAUGAUGAGAAACAAGAAGUAUAGCAAAGGGCAUUCAAAUGCGUCUGAAUUACCUGCACAUGAGUUUCCCAGCACAACCAGACGCUCGUUGAUCAACGCACCACGUUACCGCCAUCUCCCAGCUUCGCUCAAUAUCCAUCCAUUUACACCCCUCAGUUGGGAUCUCCCUGAGACUGUUUUCUGCUCAGAUUUUCCGUUUUAUCAUCAUCGAUUUGUUUUUUUGGUUUUUUUAAUUUUUCAAACAUUUUUCUAAAAGAACAAAAUGUUAGAAAAGUUCAGCAGUUGAACUGCCUUCUGCAUUAAAUGUUAUUAUUGAGAGGCGGUGUUUGGAUUUGAGACGGAGAUGUCAGUCAAGUCGAAAAUACGGUCCUCUGGUUCUAGUGGGUGCUAUACCGUCACAGCCGACCUAAACCGAUGAGCUGAUUAUUCUGUGACUAAAAACUAAAAAGUAAAGCUCUGUCAAAAAGAGAAAGGCUCGUGUUUGUGCAAAAAUACUGACCUUCUCCCUCUUCUUCUUGUUUUCCCAAUAUUUUACUUAAUCAAACAAAGGUGCAAAUCAGUAUUAUGCCGUUUAAAUUCAGUUAUUCUCAAUGCCAAACGUUUCACCGGGAAGGCAUUGAUAAACAUAUUAACAGUUACAAAGUGUGCAGGUAUGGCUUUGACUUCAAAUGUUGUUUUCAGCUCAUCUGGUGCUUGUUAAAACUGCCUGUUUGUUUCUUUAUAAGCUAUUCACUCAUACUUGACACUGAAUUACAUUUCCACAGUCUGAACCUGAAAUUCAAAUGUGAAUGGUGAUUCAUAAAAUGUGACGUGUGAUUCAUAUAAACUGAUGUGUGAACAUCAUCCUGUGAUAAGCGACUUAAUUAAACGUGUUACGGGGCGAAAACUAUGUUUUUUAAAAAUGUUUCGUUCGCAGCCCACAGCAGCACGCAUUUCUCAAAAUAAAAUGUUCUUGUGUCGAA